AUGAAAGUUGAAGCAGGCCCGAUCGGCUUUCCCUCGACGGGAGCCAUGUACUUCCGCGAGUCAGCCAUGGACAAAGGCCUCAUGAGGUUGGCUCGACUGUUGGGCCUGGCUCCGUAUGUACAAAUUGGAAGGAAAAUCACACAACCUCGUUGGCUGUACUGGUACAGCAUUGGAGUCACAGUCAUUCCAAGUCUCGGUGCCUUGCUCUUCUUGAUAGGCGAAGGAACUGCAUUUAUUCAGCAUGCCAGAAGGCAUCUUUCAAUGGCUGAAGUGGUGAUAACCAUCGGCCACGGCAUCAUGGCCUUGGGGUUGAUUCUGAGUCGCUUGUUUAUCGUUCGGCGUCAGUACCCGCAGCUGCAGCGAGUUCUUAUACAACCGAUGAUUCUCACAGAGGCGUUUAGGACCCCUCAAAGAGGCGCGCUUCUGGUGUUUUGCCCGGACCUGGCCAGAACCCUUGCCUAUUUCGUAGUGAUGCCCUGCGUUUACGCUUCCGGAAUAUUGAGUGCUUGGUAUAUGGUGCUCUCAAUGAUGCUGGCUUGUGAACAGCUUUUGGAGUCAGCAGAGCUGAUGCUUUUCAUGUUUUUACUGGAUACUUUGGCACAUAACUACAAACGUCUCAACGAAGAACUCUCCCACUUGAAACAAUUUAAAGAAAGAGGACGGAAUAUCUCGGAAGAAAUCUUGCAGGGUUUGGGGUCGGUAGUCAACUUCUUUGUCUUAAUCCUGCAGAUGCGGGAAGUUAAGAUCGUCUCGAAGCCGGUGCUCGAAGGGGCCAACAAUACCUCAUCUAACUGA